AACUGCGCAUGCGCCGUAUAGGAUCCGCGCUUGCUGCAGCUGCAGCCUUCAGCCUGGUGCUCUUCCUUCUGGUACAGCAUCACAUUUGUUCACCACAGAGCCGAGCUGAGCCUUGUUUCCCUGGAGAGUUCGUGGUUAUUUGCACGGGCAGAUGUCUGCCGAGCCAUUUCUUCUCCUCCAGGCCGGCCAUUGUGGCUCCACUCUGAGGGAUAGCGUUGACGUUCAGACUCCGGUCGCUGGAACGUGGCCAGCCACCUCCCACUGGUUUGCUUUCACUAGCAACCCCUUUGAGAUAUUUGAACGAGCUAGCAGCCUGAUUUACUUCCUUGCAUGACCACAACGCCUGGAUUGUCUUGUACGUGUGGAUGCCAUGAUGCUUGGGUUACAGGGAAGUACGUCGUCCUCCAAAGUGUAUCGUUGUGUGGCAUGUUCAGCCACCUUCAACGGAUUGGCCUCCUUGCUCGUACAUCAGGCAACCCAUGCUGGUGCGCUCUCCAAGAUCCCUCCACAGUCGAACACCAGCCCACAUGAAACAUUGUUUGCAAGUAUGGACUCAUCUAGUGAACACCCCAAUCUACCAACGCUCUUGCCUGAAAGCCCUUCACCUUCUUUUUAUAUUUGUGAUUGUGGAGAGGAAUUUCAGGACUUCGGCCUUAUGCUGGAACAUAAGCGUUCACACGUCUCUCAACUACAGCUACUGCAACCUCUGGAUGAUAGUAGUAUUCUUGGUGGCACAGGGUGUGAUAAAGCUUUUACCAUCCAGCAUGUAUCAUUAAGUCCAACUGUAACCCAGCUAGGUUUGGUAAGUAGUUGUCCCUCUACCUCAAGGUCCCCAGCUGUCAAACCCAUAUUAACAGACCGCAAAGCAGAUGUAAGCCUGGAGGAUGGCAUUGCCAUAGUAACCACUCCUCAAGGCCAGUGUACACCCCCUCAAGAUGACGGUGAGAAACAGCUUGAGAACAUGCCAGCCACAGCAGAGCAAAAAUCAGAGACUGGGGAGAACAUGCACGAAACAAAUUCUGUUCUCAAUAGCGAAAAUGGUGAGAGUCUGCCCAGAAAUAACGCUCUAAUGAAGUUGGUGGCCUCAGCAUACAUGAAGCGCUUUCCCGCUCUUCCGUCUCAGAAUCAGAACAAUAACACAGUAACCCCCAAACAAGAAGUCGUCCCCGUUGACAUAACACCAGGAGCAAAAACUGAGGUGUCCCCGAUCAACGAUCUCUCUAUUGCACAGUUGAGGCGACUGCUUGCAACACCUGGUAUAAAAACAAAAGCUCCAUCCAUCAGCAGAGUUCUUGAGUCCAGUAAAAAGAAAGUUGUCUCUCUCACUAAGACUUUCUCACCUGUUGUGGUUCUUGAAACCCGUCAUAAACUCAAGGAUCCCGGCAGUAAUGGCACUUAUGGGAGAUAUCAAUGUGGCCGCUGUCGUAGGGUCUUUCAAAACUUGGACAAACUGACAGAGCAUCAUUUCUUGCACAAAAAAGAGAGGAUUAAAUGUUGCCGUCACUGCAAACAGCUGAUCAUUGGGCGGCUGCCUUUACCUGACAAUCACGUAUGCCCUCAGUUAACAAACAAGAACAUACAGCUGUCAAAGUCUUUAAAAAACAAGUCACCAUUUGCCCCGAAACUAGUGCCAUUCCAUAGUCUAAACAAUACUAGAAAAGUUUUCUUUUGUCCAUUGUGCAAGCACAGCUACGCGCGGAGGUGGAACCUCAAAAUGCACAAGUGCCAGGGCCCCGGGUCCGCUGUCCCCCAGCAGGCCAAUCCGUCCAUUCAGAAAAUGCUAGUAUUGAGAUCAGACAGUAAACCCAAUUCAGAUACAGAAAUUAAUGCUGCAUCUCAAAUCUCAAAGAGUAUUGCUGUGGGCACUGAAGUUACUGGUCGAAUCAAGGUAGAGGUGACCUCUCCAAAUUCAGAGAUAUCUACAGCUUCACAGUUGGCCUGGACUCGUCCAGCAAACAGCUUCUCCCCAUUCUAUCCCAAAUCUUCCAUGACGGAGCAGCACAAGGAUGCCUCCCUGUGUGUUUCACUCCAGCAAGGGGAUGAAAACAGUAGCUGGGGUGUAGCAGCAGUUGAUAAUGAGGACAGUAAUGAAGGGCAGUGGACAAUGCCCUUGGAUGAUGAAAUGGAGGUACUUAGCUCUAUGGAGAAAGCUGGUAAUGGAGGAGAGGUGAAGAAAUCUUUGUCAGUCGAACAUGCAGGUACAGCGCCCCCCAGCCUGCGCUAUUUCGUCAGAGAUGGCGUAAAACGUUACCCAUGUAACAGGUGUCAGAAAACCUACAGUCGGCCAUCUACUUUGAGGCGCCAUCUACGCCUGUGUGGGUUUAGGCUACGGGGACCUGGCACUGUGGCACAGAGUAGUAGUCACGGUGCCACUCCACAAAAUGCCAACAACAUGAAACCGAUGUUUCCAUGUCAUGUCUGCGGGAGAACCUUUAACCGCAAAGAUAACAUGAUGGUUCACAGAAAGAGGUGUCAGUUGCAACGAACAAUGAGCGAUGUGGACAGAGGGAUUGUGCAGCAGAGUACACCAGGCAACGCAACAGACGGUCAAACCCAGGAGGACGAUGGAGGCAACUGGGGCAUCAUGUCACUGCCCUCUGUACUCCCAAGGAGGGUGACAUGUGAGUGUGGGGUCGGAUUUACAUCCCCAAGGCUUCUGCUGGAGCAUCUGCAGAAGCAUGCACAGGAGUCAUACACAUGUCCGACUUGUGGAGAGACUGUUAAUUCCUGGGCAGACUACGAAGUUCACCUGCAGAUCCAUAUGCAUCCUCAUCACCAGCUGCUGAAGGGAAUACAGCCCCAGCGAUCGCAACCCCUAUUACUUCGAUUUCAGCAACAGAGACCUCAGCAGCAGUCAUCUCAGCCAGUGCAUCAGCCUCCUCAGAAGCAAACUGUCAAAGCAGAUAAGCUUCCAAAUCUGACAAAAAAGCAGCCAAGGAUUGUAUGCACACGGUGCGGAAACACUUUCGCCACUCGCUGCUCCCUCCGAAGGCACGUGUCCUGGAAUCGAUGCAAAGGUGGACGGGCUAUAAAUCCACCCACACACCCACCCAAAACCUAUCACUGUUCCCAUUGCAACUCUCACUUCCCGAACACAAUCAGUCUUCUGUUUCACCAGAGGAGUGGGGCCUGCAAGCCCGCCAUCAAGCCCGUGCGUUGCCCCGUUUGUCUUCGCUGGUUUGGCACUGUGGAUGGUUUGCAGAAACACCUGCUUACUCACAAGCAGUCUGAAUCGUUUCGCUGUGAUGUCUGUCAGGGGACGUACCCGAACCUUAAAUCACUCAAAAACCACCGCAGGAGGAUUCAUCGCAUCAUGGCUGGGGACACUAAGCCAAAAACACAAGAACAGCUGAAUUCUUAAUGAUACUUCAGUUUUUCUCAAAAUCAUUGAAGUCGUGCAUUUAAGAACUUUACAAAUUUCAGUAUAUUUGUCAGUUGACUUGUUUAUAACUUGACGUGGGCUUUUUUUUUUCACUGUCCAUGAGUUUUUUUGACAUUGUACAGCCACAUAAGUUGUUUUUUUAAAGGUGCUCUGAGAGUGUGUUAUAGUAGCUUGCCACUGUAAAAUAACCCAAAAAAAAACAGCUUUGUACAUUUGUGUACAUUUUAGUUUUGUCAAGUUAAUCCCUUUAUUACAUAGCCUCAUUAGCCUGUAAAUGUUUGAGUAUUUGGUAAUCAAACUUUUAUCACAGAGGUCGUGAUGUAGCUUGUUGUUCCUGGUGUCAAUAAACAUACCAGUAUGUGAAA